GCACCACCAGCAGCCAUGGCUACGCUGACGUUUAUUGAGCUCAACGAGCAAGAGCAGAUUGUCGAGCUGCAGAGGUACCUCUCGCUGAUUGUGGCCGAUGCAGAGGCUGCAGAGGUCGCCGUGGCAAAGGUCCAGGCACUGGUGGAGAAGGGCGAGUGCGCAAAGGCUGUUGAGCUCAUGCUGGAUCAGGCCGGUGACCUCAUCGCUGCUCCCGGUGCCAACGAUUCCGUCGUGGGCAACUUUUCCAUCUGGUCGUCUACCUCGCCCAGGCGUACCAGACCCUGCCCAAGGUUCUCGAGCGCAUCGUGAACGAGGUCUCGGUGGCCGAGCUUGGCAAGCCUGUUGUCCAGCUCUCGGUCCUCAACAUGGUGUACAACAAGCUGCCGUCGGGUCUGGAGCUCCGGUUUGAUACGCUGAUGAAGAUGAUUUCGCUCGCCCUGGAGAGCUCCAAGCUCCCGCUCAUCAAGCCGCACCUGCUCAACUUUGGCAAGCUUGUGGCCGCGGCCUUUGCCGAUGUGCCGGUCGCCAAGAAGCGUGCGGGUCUGCAGCUUGCGGCCAAGGCGCUGUCGUCGGUCGGUGCGCGUGCCGACGCCGCCGAACUCCGCUUCAUGCUCCUGGACACGUACGACAACGACGAUGCGUCGUCGGUGACCGAAGUCGAGUCGGUGGUUCUGCAGGUGGUCUCGGAGGCGCUCGACAUGAACAACGUCUUCCAGUUUGAUCACCUUCUCGAGCUCAAGGCCGUCGCCGCCUUUGCCACCCACGCCAACCCGCAGUACGUCCUCGUCCACCAGCUGCUCUCCGUCUUUGUCAACGGCUUUGUCACCGACUACACCGCACUGUACGACUCGUCGGCCGAGGCCAAGGACGUCGUCGACAACAUGCUCGGCCUCUCGCACGAGCGCAACGUCGAGAAGAUGCGCCUGCUCUCGCUCACCUCGCUCGCCGCCAACACCGAGAUCAUCCCUUACUCGCUCGUUUCGGCCACCCUUGACGUCGCGCCCGAGGACGUCGAGCGCUGGUGCAUCAAGAUCUCAAAGGCCAAGCUUGCCCGCGUCCGUAUGGACCAGGCUUCCAAGGUCAUCCACAUCUCCCGCGCUACACAGCGCGUCUUUGAGCACUCGCACUGGGAGCUCCUCCGCGAGAAGCUCUCCGUCUGGGCCAAGGCCACCCGCGCCAUGGUCGACGUCGUCCAGAACAACAAGAGCGGGUAAAGGUAAACAUUGUCAUCCA